AUGAUGACAGACGAGGAACUGAUACAGAAAGUUGAAGACUUAACCAUCAACGCCCAACAGCACCAGUUGGAGACUCUUGGCUCGAUCCUUCUUCAUAAUGGCACCGUGCGCUAUCUUCAAUCCUUCAAUAAAGGUCCUCUUCCUCUUGAUCGCUCCACUUUCACACGUGUCGUGCCCCUGUCUUCCUAUGAAGACUACGUGGACCACAUUAACCACAUGGCAGAUGGGAAAGAUGAACCCUUUCUCUCCGUUGACCCUCUCCGCUGCUUCUUUUACAGUUCGGGAACAAGUUCAAGCACCAUGAAACCGAAAUUGAUCCCUUACUUUGAUUCAAGCCUUUCUAAAGCUGCCUCCUUUAUUGGUCACCGAGGCAGUGUUGCUAUUCUUCGAAGGGUAUUCCCUCCUAGACCUGAAGUGAACAAGAUCCUAUGGUUUCUCUAUGCUGACAAUAUUACUACUACUAAAUGUGGCUUGAAAGUCAUGGCUGCUUCCACAUACCCUUUGCAAAGUGGUAAUGCUACCCCUCAGCAACUUGCUACCUUUUCCAGUCCCCUAGAAGUGAUUCUUGGAUCUCAUGUUGAGCAUCAAAUGUACUGCCACCUUCUAUGUGGCCUUAGGAACCUUGAUGUUAUAGAUGGAAUAUCAACCCCUUAUGCCAUAGGCUUGAUCAAAGCAUUUGGUCUCCUGGAGUCCAAGUGGGGGCAACUAUGUGAUGAUCUUGACCACGGAUUUCCAUGCAAUGAAAUUUCUGAGGGGGCAAUGAGGGAAGCUGUGACUAAGACACUUGGUGGACCUCAACCAGAAUUGGCAAAUAGAAUAAGGUUAAUCUGUGAAGGUAACAAUUGGGGUGGAAUUGUGUAUAGAUUGUGGCCAAACACUCGUUAUAUCAAGUGUGUUACCACUGGAAGCAUGAAGCAAUACUACCAAAAGCUCAAGCACUACGCAGGAGAGGUACCUAUUGUAGGAGGAGAUUACUUUGCUUCAGAAUGCUGUCUCGGUUUAAAUUUGGACAUAAUGCAACCCCCUGAGACAACACGGUUUGUGAUACUUCCAACUUUUGCCUACUUUGAGUUUCUUCCAUUUAACAUGAAUGAGGACAAUGUUAGCAAGGAAACAGUGGACCUUUGCAGUGUGGAGGUUGGGAAGAUGUAUGAAGUGAUUGUUACUACUUAUAGAGGAUUUUAUCGCUACCGUUUGGGAGAUGUAGUGAGAGUUGUUGGUUUCCAUAACUCAUCACCAGAGGUAGAGUAUGUGAUGAGAGCACCUAAAACUACUGCUGAGAUUGUAACUGAGAAGGACUUGAUUACAGCAGUUGAAAAUUUUCAGCUUGCACUUAGAGAUGCUAUGAGAAUUGAGAUUGUUGAGUUUGCAAGUUUCUUGGACCAGGUGUCAAUAGCAAAGCAGUUGAAGGUAUUUCUGGAAGUCCAAGAGGAAUCUAAUUUUCUGGAGGGUAAGCUUGAGGAAUCGGUUAAAACUUUUAGAAGUUGUAUCUCCUCUCUCGAGAGUGGCUUGGGAGCUAUAUACAGGGUGCAGAAGGAUAAAGGUCAACUAAGAAACUUACUGUUAUUCAUCGUAAGGCCUGGAGCUUUUGAUCAAUUAUCAGAAUUAGCCAUUCAGAAUGGGACAUCAGCUAGUCAAUAUAAACCACCCAAGAUUAUAAGGAAUCAUGAAGUUGUCAAACUCUUUGAAAAUUUAGCCAUUGCGACAAUAUCAUGUGAUGGUUAA